UUCUCCCUUCAUUGUCCUCAGCAAGUUCUGGGCCUGGCUCGGGAGCUGUUGGCCUAACGGGAAACAGAGCUCCCUCCCUCCUUGCGGCGGGAAUAAUGGAGAGUGAAGGCGGUUUUUGAGGUGUUCUAAUGGAGAGCCUGCGGAGAACCGGUCUUUGAACGGGGAAAAAUUUUUUUUUUUAGAAGCACCCUUUCCCUGGACGAAGAAGCUUACACCUGGUGAUUGUCAUUACCUGGUUUUGGCACAUGAAUGUGCGAGGCUGUUUUAUUCAGAGUUAGACCACUGGUCUAUGUAAACCAUCACUGUCUGACUGGCAGCAUCUCUCCAUAGUCUCUGGCAGAGCUGAGGUCUUCCCCAUCGCAUACUACCUGAGGGUUUUUUGCAUGCAGACAAUGUGUGCUACCCUCCUCAGAUUCAUGAUGCUCAGCUGCAUUUAUUGCAAAUAGAGUAUCUUUCUUCCCCUCCCCCCGGCUGGGGCCACUGCAAAAAGUUAUUCUCUGGCUCAGAAUGUUAGAUAAGGUUCUGCGCAUGUGUGAUCAGCAUUUAGCAAACCAGGUGCUCAAAGCCAGCAGCUUUGUAGCCACAUGCACAGAAGUUCUUUAAUUCCUUACUCUUGAUGAAACUCCCUCCGAGUUCUGUGGACAACAUGACCCCAUCCCACCAAGCCCUCUUUUAUUGGUUGCUGGGGGCUGCCUUCCUGGCCAUUGGUCUGUGGGCCUGGGCAGAAAAGGGUGUGCUUUCCAAUCUGUCAUCCAUUACAGACCUGGGUGGCUUUGACCCUGUCUGGCUCUUCCUUGUGGUCGGAGGGGUGAUGUUUGUGCUGGGAUUUGCUGGCUGCAUUGGAGCCUUGAGGGAGAAUACAUUCCUGCUCAAAUUUUUCUCUGUGUUCCUGGGGCUCAUAUUUUUCCUGGAGCUGACGGCCGGUGUCCUGGCUUUCAUCUUCAAGGACUGGAUCAAAGAUCAGCUCAACUUCUUCAUCAACAAUAACGUCAAAGCCUAUCGUGAUGAUAUCGACUUGCAGAACCUCAUAGACUUUGCUCAGGAAUACUGGUCUUGCUGUGGGGCUCAUGGCCCUAAUGACUGGAACCUCAACAUUUAUUUCAACUGCACUGACUCCAACCCCAGCAGGGAGCGCUGUGGGGUGCCCUUUUCCUGUUGCGUCAAGGAUCCUGCAGAGGAUGUUCUCAACACGCAGUGUGGCUACGAUGUUCGCCUUAAACUGGAGCUGGAGCAGCAGAGCUUCAUCCAUACCAAAGGAUGCGCUGGUCAGUUUGAGAAAUGGCUCCAGGACAAUCUUGUUGUGGUGGCCGGGACCUUUGUGGGUGUGGCGCUGCUUCAGAUCUUUGGUAUCUGCCUGGCACAGAACCUAGUGAGUGACAUCAAUGCUGUGAAAGCCAAUUGGUGACACCGGAACAGGGCUUCUGCCACCUUCUAUAGUGCCCUCUGCAGGACUGAAGCCACAAUCCUAGCCACAACCACAGGAAGCUACUGUGCCAUCAACCAGUGCUCUCUCUCUCUCUCUCUCUCUGUGUGUGUGUGUGUGUGUGCGUGCGUGUGCGUGUGUGUGUGUGCGUGCGUGCGUGCGUGCGCGGUACCAGUAUUAAUGGCUGCCCAGCUUUUUUUUCCUGGUUGGGGCACACAUGCUGUAUGAGUUGUGGGUGGCAGUGUAAAUAGUAUUUAUUAUAUAGGGCAUGCUGGACAGGGCUCCUUCCACCCCCACUGCAAAGUCUAUGGAUCCAGAGGGCCUGUUGCACUUGUAGGCCAGAGACACUUAAGGCGAAAUGACAGAGGCACCUCUGGAGCAGAGUAGGUUGCCACAAGAAUCCCAUUCUGAUGAGACAUAGUCCAUGCAGCUUCUCAUUGGAAAACUGGUUGAACCCCUAGUCCUGUUUCUGCUGCCUGGAGCAGCCCCUACACUCAUAGCCUCCCUUAAGCUUCUACUUCAGGGAUGGGGAAACCUGUGGCUCUCCUGAUGUUGUUGGACUCCAGCUCUCAUCAGCCCCAGACGGUAAGGCCAAUAGUCAGGGAUGAUAGUAGUCCAGCAACAGCUAGAGUGCCAUAGAUUCCCUUUUCCUGCUCUACUUGAAUUUUCUGUGCUCCUCUCUCCAUCUGCCCAUGUCUCCUCUUUGUUGGGGAAUUGGAUUAGGAGGACAUGAGGUUGGGUCCCUCUGCCCCAUGCAAACUAGAAUGACUGCUGGCUAAUGUAGGUCACGCUACUGGUCUCUUCCCUCUGUCUCAUAGGAUCAGGACCAAGCCCAAAGUGUUAAAAAAUGGGACAAGAUGCUGCUGUGUCCCUUGUUUCAUAGCAACUCUCUGCCCUACCUGCUUUGGAAUCAAAAGGGACUUUUAAAGUUCUGCAGCUAUGCACGUACAGACAGAGCUGAACAUGGGCCCCUCUGCACCACGAACAGAGAGAGUACAAUUCUGUGUGAAAGCUGUGUUGGGUUUAAAAAAGAAAGUCAGACACUGGAACAGAGAUAGAAUCUGCUCUGACACAAAUAGCACACAUUUGUGUAUCAGAGACAGAAACCAUGUGUUUCUUUAACUCCAGACUUAACUGGAUUUGCUUCUGUGAGAAAUAUGCAACCCUUUAUCGGCAAUAUCUCCUUCAGUGUAUUUGUGAGGCCCAUAGGGAGCACUCUAGACCUCUUGGCCAAACUGAAUGAUGGUUUGGCUCUAGCUGGGCCUCGUGCUGUGUCCUUCCCUCAAGCCUUGCAGGACUCCCACCCUUCAUGGACUGGCCAAUGGCACUUCUGAAAGGGCACAUGCCAGGGAAGGUGCCUUGUGUUAGGUGCUCUCAUCUUUGUCACCAUGCUCUUGAAUCUGCUACUUUCUAUCUCAGAUUGGAUUCUUCCCUAAUCCUCCUGGACUCUGCUGCUAACAGGACUUGAUGUACCCAAUAAUAAAACACCCCCUACAAAA